AUUAUGGGAAGUGUGAAACUGGUGAAUAGGGAUUGUCUGUUACUGCCUGGGGUUUGGACUUUUUCUCCUGUUCAAGAAAACAGAGUUUCCCACCUGUUGAAGAAGAAAACCGAGUUUCCCCAAAACAAGGACAAUGCAGGCAGUCAAAUGUGUUGUUGUCGGCGACGGCGCUGUGGGUAAAACAAGCCUGCUGAUCACCUACACGACCAACGUCUUUCCUACCGAGAACAUCCCUAGCGUGUUUGACAACUACUCGGCAAACGUGAUGGUGGACGGCAAGCCUAUCAACCUAGGACUGUGGGAUACUGCUGGGCAAGACGACUACGACAGGUUACGGCCAUUAUCCUACCCUCAGACUGAUGUUUUCCUGGUGUGUUUCUCCAUCGCCAACCCUGCAUCCUAUGAGAAUGUCCGUGGCAAGUGGCUCCCGGAGGUCUCCCACCACUGUCCCAACGCACCCAUCAUCCUGGUCGGGACCAAGGCGGACCUGCGCGACGACAAAGAGACCAUCGACAAGCUGAAGGAGAAGAUGCUGGCUCCCGUCACCACCACACAGGGCGAGGAAAUGCACCAGGAGAUCGGUGCUGUGAAGUAUCUGGAGUGCUCUGCUCUGACCCAAGAAGGAGUGAAGCAAGUUUUUGAUGAAGCCAUCCGUGCUGUGAUGUCGCUAAGGAAUGCUCCCCCUAGAAAGAAAAAGUGCAGUGUCAUGUAAACUACAGUCAAACCUGUAUUAGCGGCCACCUUUGUAUAGCAGCCACUUGGCCAUAGUGGCCACUUUUUGUCGGUCCCUUGGAUUCGUAAUGAUUAAGAAAUAGGCUUAGCGGACACCUGUCCAACGCGGCCACGGCCACACGAUUUCCGGUCCCUGUCUAAACACUGCCUAUGCAACCAUACAGCGGCCUUAUGUCACCCAGCACCGAGUUCAAAAUCGUAGUUUGUGAGGAUUUGGAGUUCCCAACAAGGUCAUUUUGGCAGUAGCGGAAGGUAUGCGUGCCUUGAGCGUUAAAGUGCAAGUCUUUGUCGGCAACUUUACCAAACGAGACAAUGUUACUUGGUGAGAAAGAUUAUUGGGAACUGAAAUAAUGUGCAACUUGCUUGUGGCCAAUUGAUCAACAUUUUCUCUAUAGUAGCCACUGUCUAUAGUGGCCGAAUUUCUCCAGUCCCUUGAGUGACCGCUAUACACAGGUUUUGACUGUACUACACCUGGCUGAAGAGAAGCAUGUAUGGUCGGAAUUUUUCUGUUCUAAGUGAUAGCAAGUAGGAUAUCUAGAAGGCAUUUUCAAAACUGCAUUAAUCUUACCAGUUUUACAUGUAGGAUCUUGUUUCCUUUAUUUUUCCCAAUGUGUGUUUGUCAAUCACACUCAGUAACGUAGCAGGUAAAGUAGAACCUAUGCAAUCAAAACAGAAGACAGAAAAAUGCUUUUUGUCUCUUAAUUACAAUUUAGAAAUGUUAUAAUAAGCAAUUGGAAGAUGCUAUAGGCUAUGGUAUGGUUGUUAGUUUAUCAAGAUAUAUAUGCUAGUUGUCGAAAAGUGUGACUAGUAUUAAGUCUACGGUGAUAUUUUAGUCGUUUUAUGCCUCAGUAGCUUUGUUGGAAACUACAGCUGCUUAUUGUUCAGUUAACAAAAUAGAAUCACUCAAGAAGCCAUAUAUUAGUUUGUCGUAACAUUAGGUAACGGACAUUUGGUUUGCAUUUGGUAACUUACAUUAACACUGUUCAUAUAGCUUCACCGAAUACUGAUGUUCCUACACUGAUAACCAAUAUGCUGUUUACUGCGAUAUUUGUCUGUAACACACUUACUCUGGGUUUGGGCGAAAUCUCAAGGCUCAAGUAUUCUCAAGUAACAGACCAUGAUACUUGUGUUCGUGAAUAAUUGUGUAAUACCUGGGGUUUGUGAAAGGUGACAGCGAGUCUUACUUUCUAUCGAAUACAAAAUGAUGCAUUAAUGUAUUUGAUGUUGUACAAUGACAUGCGUUUGUACGAUAUCCCAAUGUUCACUGACAUGCAGGUCAAAUGACCAGAGUGUAUCGCCCUAGGAAAGCAAUAAUAGAUAAAUACAAGAAAAAAA